CCACAGCGCCAGAGUCAGCUGAAGGGUGAAGAGGGAAGCCCAGAUAGUCGGCACCCCGAGGAAAAAGGUCUGCGGACGGGCGAGAGCGAGAAACAGGAAUGCAGGAUGGCGGCGGCUAGGAAGGAAGGGUUUGCGGCGAGCGAAGCCACGUCCCAAGAGGGAGAUGAGUGGGAGCUCAGUAAAGAAAAUGUACAACCCUUGCGUCAUGGACGGAUCAUGUCCACACUUCAGGGAGCGUUGGCCCAGCAGGAGUCGGCCUGUAACACUGCUCUGCAGCAACAGAAACGGGCAUUUGAAUCUGAAAUUCGCUUUUACUCUGGAAAUGACCCUCUGGAUGUUUGGGACAGGUAUAUUAACUGGACAGAACAGAACUACCCUCAAGGGGGGAAAGAGAGUAACAUGUCAACGUUACUGGAGAGGGCGCUAGAAGCACUGCAGGGGCAGAAGCGCUAUCACAGUGACCCCCGCCUUCUCAGGCUCUGGCUCAAAUUGGGGCAUUUGUGCAGUGAGCCUCUGGAUAUGUACAGCUAUUUACACAGCCAAGGGAUUGGCGUCUCCCUUGCCCAGUUCUAUAUUUCAUGGGCUGAAGAAUACGAAGCUAGAGAAAACUUCAAGAAGGCGGACACAGUGUUCCAGGAAGGAAUUGAACGGAAGGCCGAGCCUCUGGACAGACUGCAGCUGCAGCACAGACAGUUCCAGGCUCGAGUGUCUCGACAAGCUCUCUCUGCACUUGGGAAUGAGGAGGAGGAGGAGGAGGAGGUCUUGGGGUCUUCUGUACCGCAGAGAAGCACACUCGCUGAGCUCAAGAGCAGAGGGAAGAAGGUGGCAAAAGCACCCAUCAGCCGCGUCGGAGGCGCUCUCAAGGCUACGGGUCAGAGUAGAGGAUUCCAAAAUACAGUUCUUCAGCAGAUGGGCAGUAAUUGCAGAAUCACUGUUUUUGAUGAAAAUGCUGACAGCACUUCUCGAGCAGAGUUAUCUAAGCCUGUAGUCCAGCCGUGGAUGGCUCCCCCUGUUCCUAGGGCCAAAGAGAACGAGCUUCAGCCAGGCCCGUGGACCACAGACAGGCCCUUGGAGUACAGGCCUCAUGGCACUCCAGCUUCUGUAGCAUCUGUGCCCCCUGUGCUUCCCAACUUUACUCCAUAUGUGGAAGAGAGUGCUCAGCAGACAGUGAUGACACCAUGUAAGAUUGAACCUAGCAUCAACCACAUUCUCAGCACCAGGAAGCCAGGGCGAGAAGAAGGAGACCCCCUGCGGAGGGUGCAGAGCCAUCAGCAAGGGUGUGAGGAGAAGAAGGAGAAGAUGAUGUACUGUAAGGAAAAGAUUUAUGCCGGCGUGGGAGAGUUCUCCUUCGAGGAGAUCCGAGCUGAAGUGUUCCGGAAGAAACUGAAAGAACGAAGGGAAGCUGAACUGUUGGCCAGUGCACAGAAGAGGGCAGAAAUGCAGAAGCAGAUUGAAAACAUGGAGAGAAAGCUAAAAGAAAUCCAGACCACUCACCAAGAAAGAGCUGGAGACCAGCAAGAAGAGAAGAGGCUUGCAAAGGAGACAGGCAGACUGCAGAUUGCUUCAGAGUCUCCGGAAGUGCCGGCAGUGCCUCUGUCCCAGCCCGUCCAUCCGCGGAGCUCCUGUCCCAGGGAAAUUUCACCUGCUGAAAGCAUUUUACAAGAACAGCCUGACACCAAAGGUCCCAGUAUGCCUUUCUCCAUAUUUAAUGAGUUUCUUUCAGACAAGGAGAAAAGUCCUGCUUCAGACCCUCCACAGGCGCUCAAGGCCCAGCGAAGACCCCUUGCGGUUCUCAAGAACACAGAAAUCAUCGCCUCAACUGAGGACACGUCUCCUGAUGUUUGUGAUGAAUUUACAGGAAUUGAACCUUUGAGUGAAGAUGCCAUCAUCACAGGUUUCCGGAACGUAACCCUUUGUCCUAACCCUGAGGACACUUGUGACUUUGCUAGAGCAGCUCGCUUUGCAUCCACUCCUUUCCAUGAGAUCCUGUCCUUGAAGGGCAUGCCCCCGGAUGCUGAGGGACUGCUGCAGGAAGAGGAUCUUGAUGGAAAGAGCGCUGAGGGUCCCCACACCGGGGAGGCUGCUAUGUAUAACCAAACCCUCAGCGUCAAGAAGCUGAGCCCGAUUAUCGAAGACAGCCGUGAAGCCACUCAGUCAUCUGGCUUCUCCGGCUCCUCAGGUGCAAGUACAUCCUCCAUCAAAGGCCUUCAGAUUCCUGAGAAGCUGGAGCUGACCACGGAGGCCUCAGAAAAUGCUGUUCAGUCACCCUGGUGUUCACAGUAUCGCCUACAACUAUUGAAAUCCUUACCACAGUUAGGUGUUUCUGCAGAGUUGUCUAUGGAAGACGGACCGAUGCCUACACUGGAACUAGGGAAGGAAAUCGAGUUUGGUGACGAAGAUUACUGCAUUAAACACGAGCAUCUACUCUGUGAAGAUUACAGGCUAUUCUGGGUGGCACCAAGAAACUCUGCAGAGCUGACCAUGAUAAAGGCAUCGACUCAGCCUAUCCCGUGGGAUUUCUAUAUCAACCUCAAGUUAAAGGAGCGUCUGAGUGAGGACUGUGACCAGCCUUGCAGCUAUUGUCAGUACCAAGAUGGCCACAUUGUUUGGUACCAGUACAUAAGUUGUUCCACCCUUCAGGAUCUUCUCCAACACAGCGAAUUUGUUACUCAUGAAAUAAUAGUGUUGAUUAUUCAUAAUGUCCUGACAAUAGUGGAGAAGCUACACAAAGCUGAGAUAGUUCAUGGAGACUUGAGUCCAAGGAGUCUGAUCCUAAGAAACAGAAUCCAUGACCCCUAUGACUGCAGUAAGAGCGAUCACGCUGUGAAGAUAGUGGACUUUUCCUACAGUGUCGACCUGAGGGUGCAGCUGGACACUUUGGACUACAGCGGCUUUCGGACCGUGCAGAUCCUGGAAGAACAAAAGAUCCUGGCUAACUGUUCUUCUCCCUACCAGGUCGACCUGCUGGGUAUCGCAGACCUAGCACACUUACUCUUGUUCAAGGAACACCUGAGUGUCUUCUGGGAUGGGCUCCUCUGGAAACUUAGCCGGAACACUGCUGAGCUAAAAGACGGUACACUGUGGGAUAAGUUCUUUGUGCGGAUUCUGAAUGCCAGUGACGAGUCCACAGUGUCUGUUCUGCAGGAACUUGCAGCACAAAUGAAUGGGGUGUUUGACACCACGUUCCACAGUCACCUGAACAAAGCCUUGUGGAAGCUGGGGAAGGUAAUUAGUCCUGCAGCUUUGCUCAUUCAGCAAGACAGGCAGUGAAGGCUCUCACAGAUCCCUGCCGAAGCCUCACUGCCUUGUGGAGAGCAGGCCUGUAGACACUGUGUUUAAUUUGGGGCACACUCAGACACA